GUCCAAGACUCAUCUUAUUAUCACUGCCAACAUGCUCAUACGACGCAUGUUGUUAGCGAACGACGACCCCGACGACACGUCGGGGUCAGCGCAAGACGAUGACUUCCUUUUUACGCUGUACAUUUGCAUUUCUCUUUUCCUAGUCUGUAUGGCGGGCUUGAUGAGCGGACUGACGCUGGGGUUGAUGAGCCUGGACACAGUGGAGCUGGAGGUUUUGAAACGAAGCGGCACCCCAGAGGAGCGAGCGUGUGCUAUUAAAAUCAUGCCGGUCAUCAAGCAUCAGCAUUACUUGCUGGUCACGCUGCUGUUAUGCAACGCGGCGGCAACGGAGGCGCUGCCGCUGUUCCUGGACCGGCUGGCUGACCCCAUCACGGCCGUGCUGCUGUCCGUGACGGUGGUGCUGGUGUUCGGAGAGAUCAUACCGCAGGCCGUGUGCAGCAGAUACGGACUCAAGGUGGGCGCCUACAGCGCCUGGUUCGUGCGGCUGCUGAUGACGCUGUGCAGCCCCAUCGCCUGGCCCAUCGGCAAGCUGCUGGACUUCCUGCUGGGGCCGGACCACAGCGCGCUGUUUCGGCGCGCCCAGCUCAAGGCGCUGGUGGACCUGCACGGCACCGGCGCGGGCUUUGGCGGCACGCUGAGUGAGGACGAGGUGCACGUCAUCCGCGGCGCCCUGGACCUUACAAGCAAGGUGGCCUGCAAGUCUAUGACGCCCCUGGACAAGGUGUUCAUGCUGUCCACGGAGGACCGCCUGGACGAGCGCACGCUGCAGGCCAUACUCAUGAGCGGGCACAGCCGCAUCCCAGUGCACAGGGAGGGCAACCGCAAGGCCAUCAUCGGCCUCAUCCUGGUCAAGGAGCUGGUCCUGAUCAACCCGGGAGACAACACCACCGUGUCGGCGCUGAGGUUGAGGGAGCUGCCGCGACUGGCGGCGGACACGCCCAUGUACGACAUGCUGAAGCUGUUUGAGACGGGCAAGAGCCACAUGGCGGUGCUCACGCGGGCGCCCGGCGCCGCGGAGGACGGCGCCGCGACCGCCAACGGGCCGGCGCCACCACCGGGCGGCGCCGGCAAGAAGCCAGUGGGCGCCACGUGGCAGACCAACCCGCGCGGCUCGCCCUUCCGCCGCCUGGCCUCCAAGGGCCGCGAGCUGGGCCGCGACGGCUACUCGGCGCUGGGAGACGAGGCGCAGGCGAACGGAGGCGGAGGAGGGGGCGGCGGCGAGCCGGAGCCGGUGGGCAUCAUCACGAUUGAGGACGUCAUUGAGGAGCUGCUGCAGGAGGAGAUCAUCGACGAGACCGACCUGUACAUCGACAACAUGCAGAGCCAGCGCGUCAACGCGGCGGCGGUGGCGGGCUCGCUGCCGCCCCGGUUGCGGCAGGUGCUGCAGACAGGGCUCUUCACGCCGCGUGUGGGCCGCCUGGGCGGGCUGUCCCCGCGCCACGAGCUCGGCGGCGGCGGCGGCGGCGGCUUCCCGCCGCACCCGCUGCGGUCGGCCGCCUCGGACAGCCGCCCGCUUGACCCGCUGUCGAGCGGCCCCUUGCCCUCCGCAGACCCACUGUCGACGCCGCCGCUGCUGUACGGCGCCGGUGGCAGCGGCGACGUGGCGGCGGCCGGGUCCAACCUGGAGCUGCGGCGGGUGGGCGGCGCGGCCACGACAGGAGGAGCAGUAGCGGGCGGCGGCGGGGCAGGAGCAGAGGCCGGCGGUGCAGGUGGCGGUGGGGCUGGGGCUGGGGAUGCGUUGUCGCCGGCGGCGAGCAGCACGAAGGGCGGGGCGGUGGGCGCAUUGCUUGGUCGCAUUCGCGCCGGCAGCGGCAAGCUGCCGGCGGCUGACGCGGAGAGCAAGGCGCCGCUGCUGGCCGGCACAAACACGUCGCCCAGUGACGCGGCGUGAGUUUGCACUUCUGUCGCGGAGCGGCGUGAGCGUGCGGGGCGGUCUUGCUGCGGUUGGGCCGCCAUCCAGCAGUCGGUGGUGGGGGGUCGGAAAAAGGGGAGGUUGGGGCCAUGCAGCUUGGUGGAGUGGUGGUUGAGAUGGAGCAGGGGAGCGCGGCAGGGCCCGCAGCCAGCUAGACCGGAGCACUGCGCGUGCGUGCACGUGUGCCACAUCUAUGUGGGUGUGCGUGUUGGUGGACGGGAGGCAUGCGCUAUGCGGGAACGCGUGCGGCCUGCAGUACCGUAUAGCUGAUGUAGGACGGGCGCCAGUGGUUGACCGGGGGUUGCCGUUUUGGCGAGGCGGUCUAAAGUAGGUGUUCCCAGUCACUCAGGCUAUGAGCCUUCGACGGCAGGGAGCUUCUCCUGCCCGGCGUGUGUGGAUGGGGCGCUAUGCAGUCACAUGAAUCAGGGCCGCAAGCACCAGCGUGUCCACUACUGUCACCUGGUGUAUAUGGGUUUGGAUGAUUGGGUACUUCGUGUGGCCAGGCGUGCAGAAUGUUUAGGAUGCGGGCGUGUGUUGCUCAGGUCGAAACGUAAGGCUUGUAUUGUAUUAGCUGCUGGUGAUUGAGGUGCAUGAUAUUACCUGUUUGCUGCUGCUCGCCCGGCGACGUAUCAGUGGGUAUAGCGCUAAUGAAGGUCACCACCUGAAGUGACAGUGACAUGCCCCCAGACAUGGCUGGGUUGUCAUGUCCAAGUAGAGAAUGUCAACAAGUCGCCGUUGGAACACACAAUGGUCACUCGUGUAACAUUCAACGUGUGUAGAGGUGAGUGGCAUGGAUGGCAUGGUCUUUAAUGGGAUGAACGGCGUGGGGUUGCGCCGCGGACAUGUCUCGUCGUGCUGAGCGACAUGCGACAUGCACGACAACCCGUAGCUGUGG